AGGAACAACACUCGUAAUGGCACGGGAGCUUAAAAGUUGGUCGUUUUGGCGGGCGGUAUUGGCCGAGUUCGUUGGGAUGACCGUUUUUGUUUUUAUUGGCAUAGCCUCUGCCAUCGGAAACAAGCAUAACAGAUUUCCCGACCAAGAGGUUAAAGUAGCUUUAGCUUUUGGCCUGGCCAUUGCCACUUUGGCUCAGAGUUUGGGGCAUGUCAGUGGAGCCCACCUGAACCCAGCUGUUACUUUAGGACUUUUGGUCAGCUGUCAGAUCAGUGUCUUCAAAGCCUUCAUGUAUAUCAUUGCCCAGAUGGUGGGAGCUGUGCUGGCAAGUGGCAUUAUGCUCAAAGUUAGUCCUGACCCUGAAACAACACUGGCACUCAAUAUGCUCAGCAACGGGGUGAAAGCGGGUCAGGGAUUUGCCAUUGAGCUUUUUGCAACCUUUCAGCUGGUCCUCUGUGUCUUGGCCUCAACAGACAAACAUCGAACUGAUGUUGCAGGCUCUGCACCCCUAGCCAUUGGACUGUCAGUUGGUUUAGGGCACCUGGUUGCAAUCAGUUAUACCGGGUGCGGCAUCAACCCUGCUCGAUCUUUUGGACCAGCCGUUGUUCUUGAAGCAUUUAAAAACCACUGGAUCUACUGGAUUGCACCGAUGUGCGGUGGAGUGGCUGCUGCUCUUGUGUACGACUUCUUGCUCUGCCCAAAAAAGGAGCCGUUUCGCAAGCGUUUGGAUGUUCUGAAAGGCGCAGCUGAUCCAGACCCGUCUGCGACAGAAGCCCUAAUCGAACCCCGAACCCCCAGAUCUAGUUCUGGAGGUCUGGGAGCUGAGUAAAGCGGAAUUACAUGCAGAACCACCAGGCAAACUCCUCUCUUGACUUGACAGAUAUAACUUGACUGGAUAUUAGAGCUGCAGAUCUGUAUAAUAUGUCAAUUUUAAGUAAUACUGUAUUGAUGGUGUAUGUCAGGUUAAUUAUAUACUAUCCUUUAAUCAUUUUUGAUGAUUAAAGCUCUGUCUCCAUUACCAUUAUUGUAUGAUGAACUUAAGAAUCCACUGUCUUACUACAAACACAUGAAAAAAAAC